GUACAAAAGAAAUGAAUUUGAAUGGCUCAAAAUUUGCCCAAAAAAUACCCCAACUCCAAAUCAUGACUCUCUGCUUACACUUACCUUCUUGGCUCUGCAAAUCCCACUUCUUCAAUCCCUUAGUUUCCCCUAAACAACCCUAUAAAUUGAUUACACUUUGCUGUUCAAAAAGUGAUGAAGUUAAGGAUGCAAAUACAAGCAAAGAGAUAAAGAAGUUAUCGCAACAGUCCUCAUGGGAGGCUCAGGAUUCUGAGGGCAAGGAUUAUUUGUACAGGCUCGGAGCGGAGGCUGAGAACAUGAAUAUUGCCAUUGGAGCUAGGGCUGGCGUCAUCGAUGACCUCUUCACUGGCAAUUUCCUUGGCAAAGACUCGGAUAUUGUGUUUGACUACCGGCAGAAGGUGACAAGAUCAUUUGAGUACCUUCAAGGUGAUUACUACAUAGCCCCAAUUUUUAUGGACAAAGUCGUCUGCCACAUUGUGAAGAACUACAUUGCUCAUCUUCUCAACACCAAAGUUCCUCUUAUUCUAGGAAUUUGGGGUGGUAAAGGGCAGGGUAAAACUUUUCAAACUGAACUUAUUUUCCGGGCAAUGGGAGUUGAACCAGUUAUCAUGUCUGCCGGGGAAUUGGAAUCAGAAAGAGCUGGAGAACCAGGAAAAUUGAUACGUGAACGUUACAGAACUGCUUCUCAAGUGGUCCAGAACCAAGGGAAAAUGAGCUGUUUGAUGAUCAAUGAUAUUGAUGCUGGACUUGGUAGAUUUGGUAACACCCAAAUGACUGUCAACAAUCAAAUUGUGGUUGGGACUCUUAUGAAUAUAUCAGAUAAUCCUACAAGAGUAAGUAUUGGGCAAGUCUGGAGAGAAUCUGACAUAACACACCGGAUACCGAUUAUCUUUACAGGAAACGAUUUUUCAACACUCUAUGCUCCAUUGAUUCGUGAUGGAAGGAUGGAAAAGUUCUACUGGCAACCCACCCAAGAAGACAUUGUAAAUAUUGUUCAUAGAAUGUACCAGAAAGAUGGCAUAAUGAAGGAUGAGGUUGACACCGUAGUGAAGGAAUUUCCUAAUCAAGCCUUGGAUUUUUAUGGUGCUCUAAGGUCCAGAACAUUUGACCGUUUUAUCCUAAAGUGGGUUGAUGAUGUUGGAGGUGCUGAAAACCUUGGUAUAAGGCUUCUUAAACAAAAAAAGGAUGGAAAGCUUCCGGAAUUUGUUCCUCCUAAGCAAACAGUGGAAGCUUUACUUGAAUCAGGAUAUGCUCUCAUCAAAGAACAAAGGUUAAUAAAUGAAACUAAACUUUCAAAGGAGUACAUGAAGAACAUCGAUGACUAGCAAGCUGGAUGAAGUUUCAAUGCCAUUUAGUGUCUUCCAUUUUGGUACGUUGCACAGAAUCAAGAUUAUUUGAAUUGUAUAUUAUCAACAAGUUAUAUGAAUAUGAGGGCUUUUUUGAAGCGGUCUUUCUUUGUCACACUUGCAUGUUAACAAUUAAUUAUGCGCACAAUUACCAUAUUAGUUUUGACUGUCAAGGGAAUACAUGUAAGAUGCUUCUAUCAUAGGCCUUCAAAGGUAUUUUUGUAAUCAUGUUUUCAAAUUCCACUUUAUGUACUGUGAUGUGAGAGUUUGAUCAAGUCGAAUUGAGCCAUCAACUUUUACUUCA